AUGGAUGGAAAUUCAAAAAUAAUCAAUGUACCAGUUGACGAAUGUGCCAUAGUCACCGAUGUCUUACCCAGGACGAUCGUUCCUGGAAGCAGUAUUCCGCUUAAUUCCGGCGAAAACCCGCCGGAUAUUCAUAUUUUCCGCGCCGGAAACCACGAGAAAAGACCCGGAAUCCUACUAAAGGAACCGGUCCUGGAACUGGUCGGUUCCGGACCGGAUUGUUCGACCUGGGUAGCGACGACGGAUGUUGAUUCUUGCUUGGUUGUGGCAGCUAUUUUCGAUUCAACAAGCAGUAUUUUUAUCGGUCAUUAUUCCACGGCGGAGAUCGAGGGUUUCGGCGAAUUGAUCACAUUAUACCAUGCUCAGCAGUUUAUGGAGACAAUCGUCGAACAAAUAUGCGAAAACGUCUCGCUCGAUUCGCUGAAAACAGUUUUUCUUAUUGGUGGUUGGAAUUCCAAGCCUUACUUAGCAUUACAAGAACUUGUUGAGAAUAUUCGAAAUGAUGAAAAACGUCGUUGUUCGGAAAGUAUUUCAUCCACUUUAUCUAAAUUGAUUUCUUAUAUUAAAUACGUGCAUCGACAUUUCAAUCUUGAACAUCGUGGUUUUAAUAAUGAAAAGGGUGAACUGAAGAAUGUACUUUAUGCAUCAUCCGAAUCUAACCAACCUGCAUUCAUCAAUGACGUCAUCGCGAUGUCUCAUAGUCGAGCCAAAGCAGCAAAUAUCCAGCCAGAGCCUAUCCAGAAUGAUAUGCUGAAACGCAUGGAAGAGUUAAAAUUACGCAUACAUUAA